CGAGCAGAAACCCUUUACAGCAGACACACUUUACGGCAAGCAUCAAAGCGUGAGGAAAGUUAGCCGGGUAGCUAACAACAACCGCUCUCUUGGUGAACUGUUCAGCGAUAUACUUUCUACAUUUACAUUAGGUUGACCGACCUGCCGACAUGGACGUGGGCGAACUCCUCAACUACCAGCCCGACAGAGGAGCGAAGAGAAUCCGGGACGAGGAGGGAGGAGGCGAGGAGGCCAGAGGCGGUAAGCAGCUGAAGGGGGCUAGGGAUCUAGCCCGCCACAGAGAUGCAGCACUAGGACCUGGGGACGACCCGGACCAGGAGGACACCAGCGAAGACAGGAAGAGGAUCCUGGAGAAGCUGAUGGACUCGGAAGAGGAACCUGAGGGCGAGCCGGUGGACGAGAGCUCCGUGAAGAAGAUGAUCCUCACCUUUGAGAAGAGAUCCUACAAGAACCAGGAGCUGAGGAUCAAGUUCCCCGACAACCCCGAGAAGUUCAUGGAGGCGGAGCUGGACCUGAACGACAUCAUCCAGGAGAUGCAUGUGGUGGCCACCAUGCCCGACCUGUACCACCUGCUGGUGGAGCUCAACGCCGUGCACUCCCUGCUGGGCCUGCUGAGCCACGAGAACACUGAUAUCGCCAUCGCGGUGGUGGACCUGCUGCAGGAGCUGACGGACAUCGACACGCUGCAGGAGAGCGAGGAGGGGGCCGAGGUGCUCAUCGACGCCCUGCUGGAGGGUCAGGUGGUGGCCCUGCUGGUGCAGAACAUGGAGCGUCUGGACGAGCAGGUGAAGGAGGAGGCGGACGGCGUCUACAACACGCUGGCCAUCGUGGAGAACAUGGCGGAGUUCCGUCCCGGUCUCUGCACUGAGGCCGCACAGCAGGGGCUUAUGCAGUGGCUGCUCAAGAGAGUCAAGGCAAAGCUGCCCUUUGAAGCCAACAAGCUGUACUGCAGCGAGAUCCUGGCCAUCGUGCUGCAGAACAACGACAGCACCAGGGAGCUGCUGGGGGAAAUGGACGGCAUCGAUGUCCUUCUGCAGCAACUCUCGGUGUUCAAGCGCCACAACCCUUCCACGGCGGAGGAGCAGGAGAUGAUGGAGAACCUGUUCGACAGCCUCUGCUCCUGCCUCAUGCUGUCGGCCAAUCGGGACCGCUUCCUCAAGGGGGAGGGGCUCCAGCUCAUGAACCUCAUGCUCAGAGAGAAGAAGAUGUCCAGAACAAGCGCCUUGAAGGUCCUGGACCACGGCAUGACCGGACCCGAGGGGACCGAUAACUGCCAUAAGUUUGUCGACAUUCUGGGGCUCAGAACCAUCUUCCCACUCUUCAUGAAGACGCCCAAGAAGAUGAAGAAGGCCGGGCUGUCGGAGAAGGAACACGAAGAGCACGUGAGCUCCAUCAUCUCGUCCAUGCUGAGGAACCUGAAGGCCCAGCAGAGGAGCCGGCUGCUCAGCAAGUUCACCGAGAACGACUGUGAGAAGGUGGACAGGCUGAUGGAGCUCCACUUUACCUACCUCGAGGCGGUCCAGCAGGCUGACAAGAGGAUCGAGGGCGAGAAACACGAGAUGGUGCGUCGGGGGGAGAUCCUGGACGACGGCCUGGAGGAUGAGUUCUACCUCAGACGUCUGGACGCCGGCCUGUUCGUCCUGCAGCUCAUCUGCUACAUCAUGGUGGAGAUCAGCAACUCUGGCAUCGCCCAGCUGCAUCAAAGGGUGCACCAGAUCCUCAACCUGAGGGGAGGGUCCUUGAAGGUGGUGAGACACAUCAUGAGAGAAUACGCUGAGAGCAUCGGCGACGGCAAGGCCACCGAGUUCAAGGAGGCCGAGAAGAAGAGAAUCAUGGACCUCCUGGAGAACUUCUGAUCACAGACACACACACAGACACACACACACACACACACACACACACACACACACACACACACACACACACACACACACACACACACACACACACACACACACACACACACACACACACACACACACACACACACACACACACACACACACACACACACACACACACACACACACACACACACAGUCCCUGAAGGAGGAUCCAGUUGUAUUUGUGGUCGGAUUCAGCCUCUCUGAAGGAGCUCAGAUUGGAUCUGGUUGAUUCGUCUCCAUGCUGAGCUCUGCUGGGCUCACAUGACUCUGCAGUCUCCGUCUCUAUGACAACACCGGUUCCAGAGAGAGGCAAAAAUAAAUAGAAACUAACGCAGAGCAAUCGGAUCAAACGACAUCGACGCUCCCGAUUGGCUGGCGUUGACGUCGGGUCGAUGUUAAUUGGGUCAAUCAGAGAUGGCAGCAGGAUUGACCUAUGUUUCGAGAUAGGGGAAGGCUGGGUUUGAACGCCAUAGCUCUGAAGUGAUCUCCUGUAUACAUAUGACACCAUGGUCUGACAACUGGGACGUGUGGUAUUUACAAUUAGACUCCCUCACCCACACAGAAACACUCACACUCAGACAUAUACACACAUGCGCACAAACUCUUGGGUAUUUUACUUACUUGUUUUAGAUUUACAUGUAAAAUAUUUUGUACCGAAACAUUUGUUAAUAAAAUGCUACUCGAAGGUU